AUGAGGGAAGAGCUGAGAAACAUGACUCAACAAAUGGGUAACAUUCGUCAAGAACUUAGAGCAAGGAUAGACCUAGUUGAAGCACAACCAAGGAGAGCCCCUGUUCGACGAGCACAAGUGCUAGCCGGUGAUGCGAGUGAUGAUGACGAGAUGCCCGAGUUGGAGGAUGAUCUCCCACCAGAUCCUCUUCAACAUCAACAACAUAGGAGACAAGAUCCUCUAAGAAGAAAUCCAGCUAGGGUAGUAGAUACCCGAGAGCAAAAUCAUGAUCUUAAACUAACACCUCCCACUUUUGCAGGAAAAUCUGAUCCCGAAGCAUACUUGGAUUGGGAGAGAUGUCUAGAGCACAUAUUUGAGUGCUAUGUCUAUGCUGAACGCAAGAAGGUGGCUGUUGCGGCUGCACAGCUUACUGACAAUGUAUUGGCGUGGUGGGACAGAAACGUGGCCGAGAGAAGAAGCCAACAUUUUGGACCCGUCAUAACUUGGAGCAACAUGAAUUUCCUUCUACGACUUAGGUAUGUACCUGAACACUACCAUAAAGACUUACAAAAGCGUUUUCGCAAGUUGUCUCAGGGAAACAGGAGUGUAGAUGAGUACUUUGAGGAAUUUGAGAAGCUGAUGAACUCGCUGGAGUUAGAAGAAUCUGGAGCAGCAAAUCAAGCGCAAGACAACCCUCACCAACCGAAACUAACGAAUCAAACAUGGAACGCCAGCAGCUCUAAACCAGUAAACAAGGGCAAAGCCGUGGAGAUCGACUCAAGAUGUCAAGGCAGGGGUCACAUGUCAAAGGAGUGUCCAAAUCAUCGAGUCAUGAUCAUCACACCCAGUGGGGAUUAUGAAUCACAAGAUGAACAAGAAGACGACUCUAAUGGCAUUAAUGAGGAGGUCGAAUAUCCUGCUAUUGGUGAACUAUUAGUAACUAGCCGAGUACUAAGUGUUCUUGUUCACCCCGAGGAAACAGCACAAAGAGAAAAAAAUUUUCACACUAGAUUCACCGUCAAAAACAAGACCGAGCUCAAGAUCUCCGAGCAAGUAUCAGUGCCUUUUAGUAUUGGCAAGUACCAUGAUCAAGUCACUUGUGACGUGGUGCCAAUGCAAGCAGGGCAUCUACUACUCGACAGGCCGUGGAAAUUUGACCGAGCAACAAACCACAAUGGCUGCACCAACCAUUAUUCUUUCAUGCACAAGGAGCGUAAGUACAAUCUUUCACCUCUUAGCCCCACCGAGUUUAGAGAUGUGUUUCCCAAAGAUACACCUCCAGGUUUACCACCACUUUGUGGAAUAGAGCACCAAAUUGACUUAGUUCCCAGAUCUGCAUUGCCCAAUAAGCCAGCUUAUAGGAUGAAUCCCGAGGAGACUAAGGAGUUGGAGAGGCACGAGCGAGACCUCAUGGACAAAGGCUAUAUCCGUGAGAGCCUUAGUCCUUGUGCUGUGCCAGUUCUCUUAGUGCCAAAGAAAGAUGGUACAUGGAGAAUGUGUGUGGACUGCCGUGCCAUCAACAACAUCACCAUCAAGUACCGGCACCCCAUUUCACGCCUAGACGACACGUUGGGCGAGUUGAGUGGAUUCACAAUCUUCUGA